CAUAAGCGUAACACACUUCCGGGUUGUGGAAAAUGUUGUGUUGUCAACAAGAUGUCAGGCCACGAUCACUUGACUCUCUGCCUCUGUGAUUUAAUCAGAUUACUGUGGUCGUUAGUGCUGCCAUGCGUGUACCUGUGCGUGGUGUUAACGACUGGCCUCUUCCUGCUCAUCCUCGGGGUGCGAGCAUGGCUUCAGAUGAACCGGAAGGCCAGGCUGUCUCGAGACCCAUCUCCCACGGUGGCGUUCUUCCACCCCUACUGUAACGCGGGAGGUGGCGGGGAGAGGGUCCUUUGGUGCGCCCUCAGAGCACUGCAGAACCGGUACCCUGAUGUGCGGUUUGUGGUGUACACCGGAGACCAGGGCGUGACGGGCGAGCAGAUCCUGGCCGGCGCUCGGCGACGCUUCAACAUCGCCCUGCCGCGCCCGGUCCAGUUCGUGUUCCUGCAGCACCGGCAGCUGGUGGAGGCCGGCGUGUACCCGCACUUCACGCUGCUCGGGCAGAGCGUGGGCUCCAUCUUCCUGGGCUGGGAGGCGCUCUACGAGCUCACGCCCGACCUCUACAUCGACUCCAUGGGGUACGCCUUCACCCUGCCCAUCUUCCGCUACCUGGGCGGCUGCCGAGUGGGCAGCUAUGUCCACUACCCCACCAUCAGCACAGACAUGCUGUCCGUGGUGCGGGAGAGGAACCCUCGCUUCAACAACGCGGACUACAUCAGCAGUAACCCGCUGCUGAGCGCCGUCAAGGUGAUCUACUACUGCGCCUUCGCCCUGCUGUACGGGCUGGCCGGCUCCUGCAGCGACGUGGUCAUGGUCAACUCCACCUGGACGCUCGGACACAUCCUGGCGCUGUGGCGCGCGCCCAACCGCACCAGCGUAGUCUACCCGCCCUGCGACGUCCAGUCCUUCCUGGCCGCGCCGCUGGAGGACGAGCAGGAGGAUGAGGAGCGGAAAGACGACGGAGCCGGCGACGGCAAGUGUCACGCGGUCGUGUCGGUGGGGCAGUUCCGGCCGGAGAAGGACCACCGGCUCCAGAUCCGGGCGUUCCGGAAGCUGCUGGAGCGCCGAGCCGGGGGGAAGCCGGGAGGCGGUCGGGAGGCGGUGAAGCUGGUGCUGGUGGGGGGAUGCCGUAACCAGGACGACGAGGAGCGGGUCCUGAUGCUGCGGGGGCUCUGCCAGGAGCUGGGCGUGGCCGACCGCGUGGAAUUCAAACUCAACAUUCCAUUUGAGGAGCUGAAGAAGGAGCUCGCUGACGCCACCGUGGGCCUGCACACCAUGUGGAACGAACACUUCGGCAUCGGUGUGGUGGAGUGUAUGGCCGCGGGAACGGUCAUUCUGGCCCACAAGUCUGGCGGGCCGAAGCUGGACAUCGUGGUGCCGUACGAGGGCGGGCCGACGGGCUUCCUGGCGGACGACGAGGACAGCUACGCCGACGCCCUGGAGCGCAUCCUCUCGCUGAGCGCCGCCGAGCGCAUGGAGAUCCGCCGCCGCGCCCGCCAGUCCGUCGCUCGCUUCUCCGACCAGGAGUUCCAGACGUCCUUCCUGGCCGCCGUGGAGCCGCUCAUGGGCACGCUGGAGCGCUGAGCGGACGCCGGACGGACAGAGAGCGAGGGAGCGAGCGAGAGCACGGAGCGACUUGUGGACAGACGAGGGACUGGACGCGGCCCCAGGGGUGUGUGGGUAAUAGGAUGCAUGCGCCCAUGUGGAUAUGCGGAUAUGCGUACACUACCUACCCUACCUACCCUGUCCUACACUGUACAUCUCCAGUGGGACACACACACACACACACACACACACACACACACACACACACACACACACACACACACACACAGAAACCACUGCAUUCCAUCCCUGAGCUCUCACACAUACACACACUAAGUCCUGGCAGGAAGACAUGGACGGCAGACUGAUUUGUUGCUUAGUGUAAUCUAAUACUUCACACACGCCAUGCGUUGGGUUUAGACUUUCUUGAGUUUUCUAGAUUUAGAUGCUGGUACUGAGUUUUACUUGAGGGUCAGAGAACCUUUCCUGGAGUAAUAGUCAGACUGCGCCACCUAGUGGCUGGGAGUGGCGGCAGGGUUCCCUGCAGUGCGGAUAGAGUGAAGCGGAGCGUGUGGACGUCCGACUGAAGAGCCGCAGAGCUUUGUUUAUCAUCUUGUCUGAGUCAAUGUUUUAUGAUGUGCUCAAACCUCUAACAUGGCUGCCCAGAGUCCUGUUUGUAUUGCAUCACAGUGUACAGCUGCAUUCCCCUUCCCCGAACCAUCAAUUCCAGUCUCUGGUAGUUUUAUUCAGUCUCUGACCAACUGUCAUUUCAGUUAUGUGAACUAGUGAAUUUAUCAUUUUGUGUGUGUUUUUCUUUUUUAUCAUUUUCUGUUUUGUUUUGAUAAAUGGAAUCUCAUUUCUGCUUUGUCACAGUUCUGUUAGUGCUUAAGACCGUGUAGCGUCAUGUGCGUGUCGACGGGGAAUGUGGAUAUGCUUUUUUUUUAAAUGAUAAUCCAAAUGAAUGUAUUUCCAAAAUAAAUUAUUUCACAAUA